GCGUACAAUGGCAGCCUCCUUAUGGGGGUCACUUUCGAGUGCAGACCGGAACCCCGGUUUAUCGCUCUAAGCCCCUCUACCUCGUUGGUGACAACAUCGAAGGAGAAUCCCCAGUCCGAAGCUAGCGGGAUGCAUAUUUAUGGACAUUCUAGCGGGUUUAUGCUCCAAUAAGACCGCAACACUGAUCGAACUAAUUUCAGUACGUCGAGCCAAUCUCAAUCCGAAUCCAAGAGUCACAAACAACAUGGCCGGCGAAGUGCUUGUUGACGCUCUCCCUUACAUUGAUCAAGGAUACGAUGAACCCGGUAUUCGAGAAGCCGUCAUGGCUAUGGUCGAGGAAGAAACACGGCGGUACAGGCCGACGAAGAACUAUCUGGAACACUUGCCACAGCUGUCUCUGCAUCAGUUCGAGUCUGAAACUAUGAAGACCGAGUUUGAGCGCCUUCAGUCGAGGCUACCCAUGGAGAUGAUGAGCAUGAAAAGGUAUGAGCUGCCCCAGCCGGCGGCGGGCAAGACGACCGACGUGGCGUCGUGGAGCGAGUGCGUGGACAACUCGUGGGCCCAGCUGGAGCACCAGGCCACCCGCAUCGCUAACCUGGAGCUCAUGGCACGCUACGGAUGCGAGGCUUGGAAGGCCUACAAUGCCGCGCUGGUGCGCAUGCUGCACCAGCUGCAGAAGCAGCUGCAGGACCUCAGGAAACAGAUUCAGGAGGUGAACUGGCAGAGGAAGACCUCACAGACUGAGGCGGGAGAAAAGCUCAAGAACCUGGAAGUCAGCUGGGUGAGUCUCGUGAGUAAGAACUACGAGAUCGAGCGGGCCUGCGUGGAACUGGAGAAGGAGAUUGCGACUCUGGAGGCGGACUACGAUGCUAGGAAGAAGCAGCCGCACCACGAACAACCGCCCGACGAAAAGAGAGAGCAGCAGAAGCUACAACGGGACCAGCCACCGGAACCGCAGGGGGACUCCGAAGAGCCGGAGAAGAUGGAGACGGAUGCGGGCGUCCCUUCCACGACAGAGACAGGCAAGGAGGGAGAGGAAGAGGUUGCACCAAAAUGACAGCGCAUCACCUUUUUGUUUCCGCUACUUUUCCCGUGUUGUUGUAUCUUCUCAUAAUAAAAAUGCCUGGAUCAGAUA